ACGGGCCCCUCUCCUCCCUGCAAUAGAAGAUGUGUGCUCCUCUGAGUGGGAACUGUUUGUGAAAGAGCUCAGAGUCCAGAGCCUGAGCGGUCAACUCUAAUUAUCAGGUGCUGUGAGCAGCUCUUGUCCCGACUGGAAAUCCACAGGCCUCUCCAUCUGAAGUGCAGCCAGAGAAGAAGAACUCUUGUGGUUCUGUCAAGCGUGGAGGCCAGAGAGAGAGAGAGAGAGAGAGAGAGAGAGAAAGAGAUGAACACGUGCGCCUGCGCUUUGGAGCUGCUGGGGAUGCUGGUGUAUGUCGGAGCAUGGCUGUGCGCUUUAGCCACCACUAUUUUGCCGCAGUGGCUGACCAUGUCUACUGCGCUGCUGCCAGUAGAGAGCUACGAGCUGGGCCUGUGGGAGACAUGUGUGGUCCAGGAUGUUGGGGGCAUGGAGUGCAGAGCUUACGACAGCCUGCUGGGCCUCUCCAGUGACCUCAAGUUGGCCCGCAUCCUCAUGUGUGCAUCCCUUGCUCUGGGCAUGCUGGGAAUGCUGGUGGCUAUACCUGGACUUCAUAUGGUCAAUAGCUGUAGAGAACGCGGAGGGCACCGAACCAAGAGGACUUUAACCAUCAUAGGAGGGGUGCUGGGGAUGAUGUCUGGAGUGUUGUGUCUGAUCCCCGUUUCCUACAUGGCCCAUUUUGCUGUGAUACAUUUCUUUGAUGAUAAAGUUCCCGAUGUGGUGCCACGAUGGGAGUUUGGAGAUGCCCUGUUCUGCGGCUGGGCCGGGGGAUUUCUUUUCAUAGUGGCCGGGCUCCUGUUGGUCACCCCUUGCUUAUGUUCACAGGUGGAGCCUCAGCCUGUGCUGCAGCGGAGAUACCAGGUCAUGAAUCCAGAUGUCUCCUUCAGGAAGCGCCCAGAAUAUGUUUAAGGGACAAAUCACAAUAGAGUGACCUGCAUAGAGACUGACAGCACAACACAAUCACAUGUAGAGCUGCGCUUCAAACUGCUUUGAAAUUAUGUAAAUAUCUGGUUUUAUAUCAAACACUUCAUCCUGUAGAACGGUUGCUUUAUCACUUGUGGGUUUUGAUCAAAUGUUAUGUAAAAUAGUGAAAAUAAGACCCUGUAGCGAACACCACCAAAUCCUCAGUGACUAUGUGUUGCAGUAAUUUCUAAUGACGCACAUGCAUAAUUCAUCAUUUUCAGAGAACCAGCUGCAAUGAGUGAAAUUAAUUUUUUUUUUUAAAGACAUGUUUUAUAAAAUGCUUUAUAUUCCUUUUUCUGGCAUGACUUCAGAAUCCUUCUCUUAUCAGUGGCAGCAAAGAAGUAAAUACCAUUUCGAGUCUGUUUUACAGGACGCUUUCAAAAUGCUGUGAUUGUAAGUUAUUCUAAAUGCUAAAACCUAGAGAACGCUGUGUGUUCUGUGCUGUAUUGCGCAGCACAUUCAGAUGAAUCACAUAAAGAUUUAUAUUGAAAUUUUAUUGUAAAGUUGUCUCUUUUUUGUUUUAAAAAGUUUAAAGGGUGCCAGUGUUUUAUUCCCCCGAAUAUGCUGAAUAUGUUCAUUUAUUUUUCAAUUUAUAUUUAUAAAAGUGAGAAGCUGUGACAAUUAUCUGGAUGAAACAAUGAGCGCAUUUUUUUCCAGUUAUAUCUGAGGUGGAAACAUGGCUGC